GAGAGAGAAAGAGAGAGAAAGCGUUCAGAUCAUUGAGUAUUGAAUAUCGCAUGAGUUUUAAUUCAGUGUUAAUUUUCGAGAAAAGAAAUAACUAAAAAAAGCGUUAUCCGUAUUAUCAGUGCACAGGAUAUCUUUGAUAAGAGUGUAUUUAUUAGGUAUCGAUUCGUUUUAACCAGCAGAAAUCGAUGGCGUCUUCGUGUAUGAUACUGCGACGUGGUAUCGCGACUUCCUGCAUUUGUCAUGGGAAGCGAAAUUUUCGAAAAUUCUUACUAUACAAUAAACGUGGCAGUCGUAACUUCAAAGAGCAACAGGCGAAAAAUCCAGAUCCUGAUAUACCAAUAGAUAAGAGAGGUGUAAAAGAUACUGGAUACAAAGUAGAUGGUAAAUUUGUUCAUGUGCCAGAGAUGGUUCCUGAAUUAAUUGUUCCUUCAUUAGAAGGGUUCACUUUAAAACCAUAUGUGUCAUACAGAGUGGAAAACUUUACGGAACCCGAAUUUACUGCACAAGAUUUGUUCGACGCGGUAUAUUCUAAUAAAAUAAAGGAAGACUUUGCAAAUAAUCAGUUGGCUGAGAAUGGAGAGCCAUUGAAUCCUAGCGAUUAUGAAAAGCUUACGCAGCAACAAGCUAAGGACAAUGCCAGCAAAACAGGUUGUGACAUUUUUGACGCAGGAAGAAAAUUGUAAAAGUUUUUACUCUUUAGUAUCUAUGAUUCUCUAAUAUUUAAAUGUGUAUAUUUUUCUCUCUUCUAUGUCGAAAUAAAAAUCUUAAACAUGUUCCAGAACUACAUUAAUAUGAA